AUGUGUCCCGAUGCAUGCCAGAUCUCAUACCUCAUUCGAGUCUCCGUGACCGACAAAAGCGACAUACCAACGGAUCCUCCCAAAACGUUGGCCGACGUCGGGAAGAAACUACGCAUCGUGCCGGCCUUUGACGAGCAGCCUCCCUUGAACAUUGCCGAAGACGACGAAUAUUAUCGCUUCAGCACAGUGUCUGACGUGAAAAGGGGGUUACUGAGAGAAAAGGUUGGCCGUCUGGAAGUGACUGCAUCUCAACCCUGUGCUCUUAAACUACCUAGUCCAGGGUCCUCGUCUGAUGCCGAACUCAGUACAAAGACAACAGUGGCUCUUCGGUUCACUCCAGAAGGGAACGAAAUGCCUCCUCAGCUCGAAAGCCUCUCCAUCAAACUCAAGGCGUGUACGUUCUUCGCUGCGAACUAUUGGUCCAAUACUCCGACAAACCCCCACGGGUUGGUCUUCCCCCCGAGAGACGAAGCUGUGUAUACCAAAACCGUACCCGUCCUAUCCAGUUCCAUCUCAUCCGUUCAAUGGACCCCAGUAUCUGGCGAGAGAACAUCGUCCCAAGACUCGAGAACGUCGGACUCGUCGACAGAGUCAAUGCCUGCCACCACGAACACCUAUUAUACCGCCUCAAUCACAGCACCUAUAGUCCUGCCCCGGUAUAAGACCUACGUCCCGACAUUCCAUUCCUGCCUGAUCUCGCGCAUCUACUCGCUGGAUCUCAAGGUCUCAUAUCACGCUCCGAAUACGCAUCUGUUGAGCGCAUCCACUUCGCUGAGACUCCCGCUUCAAAUAUGCUCGCCACACUCCACGACAGAGCCCGCGGGGGAGGUCUUCGGUUUCGCUGCGGAGAAUAGUAAAGUCGACGAAAAUCUUCUAAGCUCGUUGGACUUCCCGCCCCAGCACGUCCGCUAUUUUGAGCCGAUUAUUGUGUCCCUUACGCCCUCGGAACGCUCGGAUGAUUCGACUGCCGCUUUUACUGGUAAUAAUUGA